AUGUCGACCACUACGACCGCGACCACCACGGACAACGAGCCCAUCACGGCCGACAACAUCCUGCGCCUGUUCCCUGACAUCGACACGAGCGGGGAGGCUCUGGAGGGCCACGAUGAGGAGCAGAUCCGUCUCAUGGACGAGUCUUGUAUCGUGCUUGACGAGAACGACCUCCCUAUCGGCAAAGCCAGCAAGAAAGUUUGCCACCUGAUGACCAACAUUGACCGGGGCCUGCUGCACCGCGCCUUCUCAGUCUUCCUCUUCAACGAGGACAACAAGCUGCUGCUUCAGCAGCGCGCAUCCGAAAAAAUCACGUUCCCCGACAUGUGGACCAACACGUGCUGUUCGCACCCGCUGUCUGUGUCGACCGAGACGGGCUCGACGCUGCCCGAGUCCAUCGAGGGUGCCAAGCGUGCGGCGCAGCGCAAGCUGGAGCACGAGCUUGGCAUCAAGAAGGAACAGGUGCCGAUCGAGAACUUCCGCUUCCUGACCCGCAUACACUACAAGGCGGCCAGCAACGGUAAAUGGGGCGAGCACGAGAUUGACUACAUUCUGUUCAUCAAGGCCAAUGUCGACCUCAAUGUCAACAAAAACGAGGUGCAGGCCACGAGCUACGUGCUCCCUGACGAGCUCAAGGCGCAGUUCCAGGAUCCCAAGCUCAAGUUCACGCCGUGGUUUAAGCUCAUCUGCGACUCGAUGCUCUUUGAGUGGUGGAAGCACUUAGAUUCGGGCCUCGACAAGUACCUGAAUGAGCAGGAGAUUCGGCGCAUGUAG